AUGGAUCUAGUGAACCAUUUAAAUGACAGAUUACUGUUUGCCAUCCCCAAAAAGGGUCGUCUAUAUGAAAAGGCCGUUUCUAUCUUGAAGGGUUCAGACAUCCACUUCCACAGAUCACAGCGUUUGGACAUUGCGCUUUCCACGAACAUGCCGAUCGCUCUGAUCUUUUUGCCCGCCGCAGAUAUCCCAAUGUUCGUUGGUGAGGGUAAGUGUGACCUCGGAAUCACAGGUGUGGACCAAGUGCGCGAGUCGCAAGUCGAUGUGCUCUUGCCUCUAGAUCUGCAGUUUGGUUCAUGUAAGCUACAAGUGCAGGUGCCUGCGCAGGGCGAAUUUAAAACGCCAGAACAAUUGAUCGGUAAGACCAUUGUGUCCAGUUUCGUCCACCUCACCCAGCGCUACUUCGCAGAGCUGGAGGGUGUGCCAAUAGAGAAGAUGACCACCAAGGUGCGUUUUGUUGGCGGUUCUGUCGAGGCCUCGUGUGCGCUUGGCAUUGCGGACGCCAUCGUCGAUCUCGUCGAAUCCGGCGAGACCAUGCGUGCCGCAGGUCUCAAAGACAUUGCCACUGUGCUAGAGACCAGUGCCCACUUAAUUGAGUCCAAGAACCCUAAGGGUGACGUUGAGUUGCUCCAGACCAUCAAGUCGCGUAUCGAAGGUGUUAUGACCGCCCAGAGAUACGUUUCUUGUAAUUACAACGUUCCAGAGUCCUGUCUGCCUGAUGUGCUGAAAAUCACCCCCGGCAGACGUGCGCCAACCAUCUCCCAAAUUGACGACGAAGGUUGGGUCGCUGUCUCUGCCAUGGUCGAAAGAAAACACAAGGGUGAUGUCAUGGACCAGCUGAAAAAGAAGGGCGCCACGGAUAUCAUGGUAUUCGAAAUUUCUAACUGCCGUGUUUAG